AUGAAGACUCUGUUCCUGGCCAUCAGCUUCUGCCUGGCUGCUGCCCUGCAGGCCCAGGACUUAUCGCCUCUUACUCUGAAUAGCGGGCAUUUUUCUGGGAAGUGGUUCAUGAAGGCCUUGGUGAUGAAAGAAGGGAUCCUGAUAAAGAAGGUUUCCCCCAUAUUUGUUUUGGUGCUGGACAACGGUGACAUGGAGUUUUCUAUCACACAUAUACUCUUUGGCCAGUGUAUGGAAGUGACCACCAUCUUGGAGAAAACAGAUGUGCCCGGCCAUUACAGUGCCUUUGAGGGAAAGAGUCACGUGCAGGUGCAGCUGUCUUCUGUGAAGGACCAUUGGAUACUCUACUGUGAAGGGGAGGCGGAGGGCGUGAGCUUCACAAUGACCCAGCUCAUAGGUAGGGACUUCAAGGAAAACCUAGAGGCCUUGGAAGAAUUUAAGGAGUUCACACAGAAAAAGGGACUUACACCAGAGAACCUGGUCAUACCCGAGCAGAUGGAAAAAUGUGAACCGGAGAGUUAG